UUUUUUUAACUUAUCCUCAUCAUUAUUGUCCUGAUCUUUGGCAUACAUAUGUAUUUUUCUAUUCAGGUCUUUUGGUGAUUGGGUAUUUUUUUUCAGGACAAAUUUCCCUCACCUUUGCCUUUGAGCAAGUUGGUUUGAGAUGAAUUUUAUUCCAAUACUCCAUGUUGACAUUUAUUUAUCCAUUCCCUAGAAGUAGGAUUCUUGAUUGUGGUCUUGAUCUCUUCGGCCGAGACUUAUUUCUCAAACUUAUUUUUAUUUGGAAAGAAGAAAAAACUGAGGAAACGGGGGAAAAAAUAUCAUAUUUGUUGAUUUUUGGGCAUUUGAAUUGGAGUUUCGGCGGGUAUUUGUUGAGCAGCAGCACCAAAUAAAAAAAGGAGCUUCAGCUAGUUUUUCUUUUUUGGUUCAACAGUCAGAUUUGUCCGAGUUAGUUUACACCAAGACUAAAGGAAUAAAUUUUUCAUAACUUGACCUCAAGAAAUUACCGAGAUUCAAACUUAAGACGUCUGUGCAGCUCAUCUUUGCUAUCACUUGAGAUACUAUUUAAAUUUCAGCCAGUUUUGAAAAUGUUGGUGUAACUGCAAAGGGUGUUUUAUUAUUUUCUUCAAAGUUGUAACAUGGCACAUUAUCAGAGUUGAAACCAUGUAUGACUAACUUCUGAACAGUUCAAG